UCCAUCUUUCUUCCCACCUCCCCUUCCCCUCGUGCUCCUCCCGUCACCACCUCUCUUCCCCCUCCCUCUCAAGUCCCAAGUCCCAACUACCCCCGUCUCGUCUCAUUCAGACGACCAGGAGGAAUUCUUCUUCCUCCCUCAGCGUCUUCUCACCAGCGUUUCGCGGACCAAGCGAAGAAAAUUCGGGCGCAGACAAACAAUAAUACUAAAAGAACCAGUCUUUGCUUCGCAGCUUCUUGGUUGGUGAAUGGUGACCCAGCACCAGCGGAGGAGUGGGGGAGAAAAAAUAUCAGCCGAGCUCCCAACUUUGACCGCAGCCGCCGCCGCCGUGCUCGCUGCGUAGCCCCGCAGCCGUCUCUUCCCGGAUCGGAGCUCCCCUCCCUGGGACACCGCCGGCCGCCUCCCCUUGGAUCAGCUCGGCCUCCGCAAGAUAGGCGAGGUUUGUUGCUAGUGGCCUUCAAUUCAUGUCUUUGCGCUCAAGCUUGCGUGCAUCUUAUUAGGUCCUGCUGCAUUGCAGCAAUGAGGUGCCUGCCUUUCUUGCAUGGAGAGGUCAAAGAGGAUGAUCCUGUCACCAUGUCUGCAUCUGUACGGUCCAUGAGCACAACAUCAACGGAGCGUGAUGUCCGCUCUGGUUCAGACUUCACCUCCUUGAAUGCAUCCGACAUUAGCGCCGAGUCAAUAAGGAGGACGCAGUACCCCAGCUUCACUGACCGGCCAUCUAACCUGAGGGUGUUCUCCUUCUCUGAAUUGAAGAGUGCCACACACAACUUCAGCCGGUCACUCAUGGUUGGUGAGGGUGGCUUUGGCUGUGUGUACAGGGGCAUCAUCAAGACAUCUGACGAACCUAGUGAACGAAUCGAGAUUGCUGUUAAGCAGUUGAAUCGUAAAGGACUUCAGGGGCAGAAGGAGUGGUUAACAGAGAUGAAUGUGCUUGGAAUUGUUGACCAUCCAAACCUAGUUAAACUAAUAGGCUACUGCGCUGAUGAUGAUGAGCGGGGAGUACAACGCCUCCUAGUGUACGAAUAUAUGCCUAAUGGAAGUGUUGACGAUCACUUGUCGAGUAGGUCAACUUCAACUCUAUCAUGGCCUAUGAGACUGAAAGUAGCUCUUGAUUCUGCCCGGGGACUGAAGUAUCUGCAUGAAGAAAUGGAAUUCCAGGUCAUUUUUCGAGAUCUGAAAACAUCUAACAUUCUGUUGGAUGAGAACUGGAACGCCAAAUUGUCAGACUUCGGUUUGGCUAGGCAUGGACCAACAGAAGGUCUGACCCAUGUCUCCACAGCGGUAGUUGGAACUCUAGGCUAUGCAGCGCCUGAGUACAUGCAAACUGGACGCCUCACUGCAAAGAGUGAUAUAUGGAGCUACGGCGUUCUGCUGUAUGAGCUCAUCACCGGCCGCCGGCCCAUUGACCGGAACCGGCCAAAGAGUGAGCAGAAGCUCCUGGAUUGGGUGAAGCCAUACAUCGCGGACAAGAAGCGGUUCCCCAUCAUCAUCGACCCGAGGUUGGAGGGGCGCUACAACCUCAAGUCCAUGACAAAGCUGGCCAGCGUGGCGAACCGCUGCCUGGCCCGGAUGCCAAAGUCCCGGCCGAAGAUGAGCGAGGUGUACGAGAUGGUCCAGAAGAUCGUCGACAGCAUCGAGUCCGGCCCACCGCAGCCGCCUCUGCACUACCAUGGCUCCGUCUCGGAGCCAGGCACGAAGCGGACCAAGAAAGGAUCGCUGAAGAGAAGGCUCCAGGAGUUCAAAUUCGGUUGCCGGAAUGUCGUGUUGCGGAGCUGGAAGCCUGAGAUCGUAAAGACCUUCUGAGACGACCGUAGACUCCUUGCUGUAAGUAUAGCUGUGCAUAGGUAUGAGGGCUGUUCCUCUGUGUGUUUUCUGUUCGGGCGAGUUGAAACCUGUGUGAUUCACCUGGUCCUGAACAACACAGUGCGUGAGCUGCAAGAUGGUGAUCGAUUAGGCAGGCCCCCUUGUGUUUUUCAGUGCAGUGCCGGGUGAUACCCACUUACGAACUGCUUUGUUUCUGCAGUGUAAUUCCUGGCCUUUCUUUUUUCUGUUAUGAAGUCGGGGUUCAGAUUCAGCACAA